AUGAAAACUAAUGACAACAAAGAAUUUAUCUCAGGCAUUGUAGAGCGAGUUACCUUUCAUAAUCCAGAAAAUGGUUUUUGUGUUUUACGUGCUCAAGUCAAAGGUCAUAAAGACCUUGUAACAAUAGUGGGCAAUACUCCCUCUGCAUCAGUUGGUGAGUAUAUCCAAUGUAGUGGUAAUUGGCAUAAUGAUAAAAACCAUGGUCUGCAGUUUAAAGCAGCUUUUCUAAAGGCAAUGCCACCUAACACUUUAGAAGGAAUAGAAAAAUACCUAGGUUCUGGUCUAAUUAAAGGUAUAGGUCCACAUUUUGCUAAGAAGCUAGUUACAGCAUUUUGUGAACAGGUAUUUGAGGUUAUUGAGAAUCAGUCACACUUGCUUGCUACAGUUGAAGGUAUAGGUAAGAUUAGAGCAGCAACAAUAUGCAAUAACUGGCAAGAGCAGAAGAUUAUUAGAGAAAUCAUGGUCUUUUUACAGUCUCACGGAGUGGGUACUACUAGAGCAACUAGAAUCUAUAAAACUUACGGAGAUAAAUCAAUAGAAAUGGUCUCAGAAAAUCCCUAUAGGUUAGCAAAAGACAUUCAAAGUAUAGGUUUUAUCUCUGCUGAUAAAAUUGCUGCAAAUCUAGGUAUACAGAAGAAUUCAUUGAUAAGGGCUAGAGCAGGUGUUAAUUAUAUAUUACUAGAAGCAACAUCAAACGGUAAUUGUGGUUUACCUACCCAAGCUAUGCUGCAAAGUAGUACAAAACUUCUUGAAAUAGAAGAAUCUAUAGUACAAACAGCAAUAGAAGAAGAGAUAAAACUAGGCUCUUUAACUAGAGAUAGUCUAAAUAGCAUUGAAACUAUUUUCCUCACUAGCUAUUACCUGUAUGAAAAACAUAUUGCUAGAAUCCUGCUUUCUUUAUCUAAGGGUAUAGUAGCAUGGAAACAAAUUAAUACUAGUAAUGCAAUUCCUUGGGUAGAAAAUAAACUUACGAUCCAAUUGGCAGAUACUCAAAAGAUAGCAGUAGAACAAGCGUUACAGAAUAAGGUCAUGGUAAUUACUGGUGGACCUGGUACUGGUAAAACAACUCUGGUUAAUUCUAUACUUUCAAUUUUAAAAGCUAAGCAGUUAUGUAUUAAACUAUGUGCUCCUACUGGUAGAGCUGCAAAACGUCUGAGUGAAAUAGGUGCAGGCCAAGUGCUUAAGGAUAUUAUAGAUUCAAAUACUAUACCAACUGUUAGACUAACAGAAAUAUUUAGACAAGCAAAAACCAGUAACAUUAUAACUAACGCUCAUCUGGUAAAUCAAGGCUUACUCCCUAACCUUAAGUAUAUAGAUAAAGAAUCAGACUUCUAUUUUAUUAAUGCUGAACCUGGUGUAGACAUUAUUCAGAAAAUAGUAAAUUUAGUUAGAGAUCGUAUACCAAAUGAUAUACAAGUAUUAUCACCAAUGCAAAGAGGUGGUACAGGGGUAAGAUCAUUAAAUAUUGAGUUACAAAAGGCCUUAAAUCCUAAUCAUACCUUUGGCAUAGAAAAAUAUGGUCAAAUCUUUGCUGUUAAUGAUAAAGUUAUGCAAACUGAAAAUGAUUAUGAUAAAGAAGUAUAUAACGGUGAUAUAGGAAUCAUUAGGAGCAUCAAUCAAGAAAACCAAGAGGUGGUAAUCAGCUUUUAUAACCGAGAAGUUAGAUAUGAUUAUACUGACCUAGACCAGAUCACCCUUGCCUACGCUACAACUAUUCAUAAAUCACAAGGAUCUGAAUAUCCAGUGGUAGUGAUUCCCCUUACCAUGCAAAGUUUUACCAUGCUUAAACGUAAUCUUGUGUAUACUGCGAUCACACGGGGUAAAAAUUUAGUAAUCAUCAUUGGCCAGAAAAAAGCAUUAGCUAUAGCAGUGAAAGACAAUAAAGGACUAAUGCGUUAUACUAAGUUACAAGAAUGGCUAUGCAACGAUAAGAAUGAUAUUUGGCAAUUGUCAUAG